AAAAGAAAUGUUAGAAGCCUUUAUAGAUAAGGCAUGGAGUUGUUUUUUUGAAAAAGAAAAUGUUGUUGUUGGCAAUAAAGAAUUUAUUGAAUCUAAUAAUAAAUGCAACAACAACAACAAAACCAACAAAACAUUUAAUUCUUCUUCCCUAAAUUCCUCAAUAUAUUCACAACAAAACAAUAUAGAAUCAAUUGAACAAACAUUUCUAAAAAUUCUGUCAGAUUUAGAUUUAAAUGAAGAAUGCCAAGCAGAAUUAAUUUCCCAACCUUUAGAAUGGAAAUGGAAAGUUAUAAUAUCUGGAAAUGAAAGACAAAAACAAAAAGAAAAUAUUAAGGAGGGAGGGGGAGAUUAUUAUGCUAAAUAUUUGGAAAAAUUAUUAUUAAAUAUUGAAGAAGAAGAAAAAGACUUUGUAAUUGAAAAUAAUUUAGUUAUUAAAAAAUUAGAGGGGUUGGCUGCAACAUUACGAACUGAAUCUUUUAGGUAA